GCUACUGACUGGUUACAAGUAACUGCAGUUUUGCUGUCAACAGCUAGGUGACGCUGUAGUAUUUGCUUGCAUUCUGGGAUAUGUGUCCUGGCAACUUCAAACAAUAUGGCGUGCAAUAACCGGAACACUGAGCAGGAAUGGGUUUGAUCAGGUGCUGUUUGGCUUCCUUAGCCAAAUUUUGAAGGCUUUGAACAAGAAGGUCAGCAGAGUAGCCACAAUGCCUUCCUUCUUACCAAGAAUCACCAGUCAGAAAGGCAGUGGUGAGGAAGUCGCCGGAAGACCCAAGACUAAGCGGCUACGCUUCGGAGAUCACCAUGGCAACAACAGGGUGGCGCUCCCCAGCGUGGGGUCGUCUCCAGCAAACGGACACCACCUGAGCUACUUCAACAGCAGGCAGGUGAUCCAGAAGAUAACGGACUGGUACGAGACCUGGCAGCCGUGGCAACGCAAGCUGCUGCUGUGCGGCAUCACCGCCAGGUGUUCGACCAAUCAGCUCGAGCUUCUGGCCACCGCCAUGGAACCCGUGUUCCACCGCGACUUCAUGACGACGCUCCGGGGACGCUAUCCCAGCCUGUCUUACAGCAAACACAGGAGGGGGAGGGAGGGCAGCCAGCAUGUCAGGAAAAGGACAGGAGCGUCCGGCGUUGCCUUGAACGAUGGAGUGUCUGGGAGUCCAGAAAGGCACAAUGUAACCACGACAGUUGAUGAUAGUAAUGGAGAAAUGAUCAAACCAGAUGGACCAUCUAGUAAGGAAAGCAUCCAAGUAAGCAAAGUCGGAAAGGUCACAGUAGACAUCAGUAAGGACACAACCCAAGUGGAGGUUCCUACAGCGAGCAAGCACACCCAUGACAAACCCGGGGAGGACCACGGGGAUGCAGAGAAGCCCUCCAUCUCUGCGGAAGAUGCCAGCAUCAUCAGGAAGCUGUCCAAACAGAUGCAGGCCCACGAGAUCAACGAGGCCAGGACCGACACACCCGGCAGUAAGAUAUCCAGCCACAGGUCGGGCACGCUGUCGCCCAUAGGGGAGAGCUCUCCUGAGAAUGAGGAGGAGGAGGAGCAGGCGUUGGGAGCGGAGGAGCCCCUGCACACCCCUGUACCCUCCCCCAACACCGCCCUGUCUCUUGGAGUAUUGACCCCCAUUCAGGAGACCAACUCGGAGGUGAGCUCCGUCAGUACCAUACAGGAACAGCCUGAGUUCACCGAGCACAGUGAGAGGGAAACUCCUCAGGAGGCAGUGGCUGUAGCAGAAGACGAUAGGAAGGUAACAGAGGCACAAGAAGCGGUACAGGUUACUGUCACUGAGGCUGGGAGAGUAGCAGAUAUGGACACAGAGCAAAAGGAAACUGUGAAUGAAGUAGCAGAACAGUCAAUGGUGCAAGCUGUUGAAGAUGGAAAGGCUGUGGUGCAAGCUAUGGAAGGCACAGAGGCCACAUCCAAGGCUUCUGAGGGAGAGAAAGCCACGGUUCAGGCGAUGGAAGUUGAAGUACUAGUGGAGAAACAGCCAGCUCUGGACCAGGAGAUGAUGCUGCAGUACAUGCUGGAUGCUCGUAACACUCCGCAGAAGGAGCCGCAGGGAAAAGGUGAAGAAGCGGCGAGAAACGGCCAUGCAAAUGGCGAAGUCGUUCGGCCCAAAUCCGACACAACCGCCAGCAGGACGAGGAAGAGUGGAGUCCAGUCCCGUAGCGGGUCCCUGGAGUCGUCCCACAGCGCCGGGUCCGUGCGAGGGGAGCACAAACACAGGAGCAACAUCUCCUCCGGCAGCUGUCGGACUGUAGACUUCUUCUCCAGGCAGAGGACAGAACGUCUGGGGUCAGUUCGUCUGCAGGUGUCCCAGGGUGCACCUGGCUGGCAGGAUGCGGAGGAGGUCGGCAGCUACGCCCCCCUGCAGCAGCUCUACAAGUACGGCCGGCUCUGGGGGGCGUCGCCGGAGGGGCGUCGCCUGGUGCCCGCCAGCAGCCGGCUGCUGCAGAAGAACUUCAUGGAGCAGCUGAACCAGAUCUGGCAGGUGCUGUCUGAAUGGGAGGACCACCAGAAGGCCGAGGUGUUGGUGGAGAUGAUUAAGGGCUCGACCGACGGGGAGGUCAGCUUCUUCGCACAGUGUCUGCUGCAGAGGUUGAAAGACCAGCUGGACAUCAACUGCCUGCCUGACCACCUGCUGCUGAGGAUCCUGGGAAUGCUGCGGGCGGCGGACCUGGGUCGGGCGGCGCAGGUGUGUCGCCGCUGGCAGUACCUGGUGGCGCAGGACGGGCUGUGGAUCAGGAAGUGCCGGGAACUAGGUUCUCGGGAAGACCUUCCUGACAUCAUCGGGAUGGUGCAGAUGGCUAGCCUGGGGGACAGUGUGGACUGGAAACAGGCCUACCUGGAGCUGGUCUUCAUCGCCAACCAGGCCAGGGACAUGCAUGCUGAGAGUGACGAGGACUGGGAAGCAGAGCUCCAGGAGCUGGAGUACAGCCUCAGCAGGAAGGAGAGGAGAAGUCGCCAAGACAGAAAGUCCAGAAGAGGCACCUUCUCCAGCAGCCGGAUGGAGGAGGGGAAGUACUCCCUGGCCUCGCAUAUAGAAGACCUGCAGGCCCGCCUGUCCUCCACCAUCCUGGAGGACAGUCAGGAGGUCAGCGGCUCCCGGUCAGCGGCCCUCACGCCAUCCGUGCUGACCACUGGACACAGCAGGAGCGGCAGCAGGCAAACCUCCAGGGUCCACCUCGAGGACAGGAGCACCGUUCUGGCGCCGGAUGAGGAGAGCCUGGAGACAGAGGUGGUGUGUAAGCCGCUACGCAGGCAGCUCCAGGGGAGGAGGAAGUCACAUGACCCCGGGGACGCAGCCAUGGACAUCAGACACGAGCUCAAACAGCCGCCAGAGAAACUGGGCAAGUUCAUGUCAGUGGCUGGUUUGCCCGCGUCGGACCAGAGCAGCACAGUAUCCAUGACAGAGACUCACAGCAGCAUAGUAGGUGCCGUCCAUGCCGUCAGGAAGGUCAGGAAGCUUCAGGGUCACAUGGAUAGUGUCCAGUGCCUGGCCUUGGACAAGCGGCGGCUGAUGACCGGGUCCAUGGACAGGACCGUGCGCGUGUGGGACAUCCGCAGUGGCCGCAGCAUUCGAAAGCUGUAUGGCCACAAGGGUGGUAUACGCUCCAUCCACUUCAACCAGACCAAGAUAUGCACUGGAUCCUGGGAUAUGUCCAUCAUGGUGUGGGACAUUGUCCAGUUUGAACGGCUGGCAGUUCUGACUGGCCACCGAGGAGCUGUCUCCUGUCUGCAGUGCAACCAGCAUUUUCUGGUCUCAGGGUCACAUGACUCCACCAUGAUGGUCUGGUCGCUGGACAGCUUCGAGUGGCUGAACGUGAUCGAAGGGCACACCCAGGCCGUCACAUGCCUGCAGCUGAUUGGACGCUGUGUUGUCAGCGGUUCCAUGGACAUGACACUUCGACUGAGUGACAUUCACACCAGCGAAUGUUUGCAGCAGUACCAUGGUCACCAGGCACCUGUGUUGUGUCUGACCGUACAGAAGCGUCUCCUGCUGAGUGGGUCUGCGGACGGGCAGCUCCAUUUCUGGGACCUGUACACGGCCGAGCCGCUGGCCAUUAUACAGCCACAUGAUGGACCUGUCAACUCGGUGGCCUUGGCAGGGAGGCGCUUUCUCACCGGGUCAAAUGAUGCGGUGCUAAAAGAGUGGGACCUGGUGACACUGACGUGCCUUCGCUCCCUGCACGGCCACAAGGGACCCAUCCGACAGGUGAAAACACUGCUCCAUCAUGUUGUGAGCUGUAGCGAUGACGGCUUCAUCAGGCUCUGGGACCUCACAAAAACUCUGGAAGACACAACAUAGCCUGCAAUCUGGACCUGCUGUCUUUUCCGACUGUCUCCUCACCACUAGACCACACCAUGUAAGGCAUCUUACAGCAGCUGCAGUAGACUGUGGGGACUCAUGAUUAAAGAGCCAUUGAGACAUGUUAAGCUAGCCUGCUCUUGAAACUGUCUUAAUUGUCUCAGUCUGCAAAACUGGAAUUCUUGGAAACACAGAAGCCUUGGCCAUUAUAAAGCCAUGGUCAUGAUGUAUCGCAAAAUCAUGGGAAAAUUUGUAACCAUAUAUUCCUUUAGACAAUAGAAACAAAGACGUCUGCGUGAAAUUGGUGAGAAAAUUAGGAACUUGAACUUCAGACCCUACUUUCACGCCCUCCUGAUGAGAUGAAUUUGACAUGACAGAAGAUUUAAAGGACUCAGAGUCUUGGAAUUCCACAGGAAGUGCAAUAUCCCCAUAGCUGAGUCCAACUCCUCAGUCCUUUUGGCUGAGAAAGUGAGAAUAGAAAGAUGUGAUCAUGAUGUAGUUAUGUUGAGGUAUCAGUACAACAUCAUAUAUUUUGUGGGCUUCAUGACCCUUCAUGAUUGAUUUUCUAUGCAUUGACUGAUACAUUUUCUUGUGUUGCUGUUGUAACACCCCUAGUUAAUCAUUGGUAUCUUCCAACACAACAGAAAUGUAUGUGGCUGGAAGAGACCAUUAUGUUUAUAGGGGUAUCUCUUGCAAUAUCAAAUAUUAUUGGGGUAUAUUUGAAUUUAUUGUGAAGAUAUGAAACAUUUAUUAUUGGCUUUUUGUGUAACACCUUGGGUUUGGUUGUUUCUUUUAUGAAAUUGUUAUUUUUGUACUUUCCUAUAUUCUAUAUUCCUAAAAAUGAUUACAGAUUGUAAAAUUCUAUCAAAUCUUCAUGUACAUGUAUAUACACUGUUUGGUUGUCUGGUUAUUUGCUGA